AUGGCAGCUACCGAAGAUUUUAUUAAUAAGCUUUCACCAAACUUUUUGAUUUCACCCGAUAAGACUUAUGCCACUUUAAAUGUUCCUAUCGAAAAAUCCGAAAAUGAUGAUAGAGAAUAUAGAUUAAUUAAAUUGGCAAAUGAAUUAGAAAUUUUAUUGAUUCAUGAUCCGAAUACUGAUAAAUCAAGUGCCGCAAUGGAUGUUAAAAUUGGACAGAUUCAUGAUCCGCCAAAUCUUCAAGGUCUUAGCCAUUUUUGUGAACAUUUACUGUUCAUGGGAAGUGAAAAGUAUCCAAAAGAUAAUGAAUACACUGAGUUAGUCAUGAAUAUUUGGAAGGAUCCUUGGACAGACAAAGAACUGAAUGCUGUUGAUUCUGAUGAUAAUUGGAAAAAAUAUCAAUUAGAAAGAAGUCUGAGUAAUCAAAACCAUCCAUUUUCACAAUUUGGAAUUGGUAAUAUUGAAUCAUUGAAAGAGAUUCCUCUUAAGGCUGGUCUUGAUGUUAGAGAAGAAUUAAUUAAACAUCAUAAAAAAUAUUAUUCUGCUAAUUUGAUGAAAUUGGUUGUACUGGGGAGAGAACCUUUGGAUCAGUUAAAUAAUUGGGUGGUUGAACAAUUCUCUGGUGUUAAAAAUAAAUCAAUCCCAAAUCUAAUUUCAAUAAAACCUGUAAAAAAUGCUCAUAAUCUUGAAAUUACUUUUCCUUUUCCUGAUCAAACUCCAUUAUAUGAAACAAAGCCUUCUAGAUAUAUUUCCCAUUUAAUUGGACAUGAAGGAGAAGGAUCAAUUUUAUCAUUGUUAAAAAAGAAAGUUCUUAUUCAAUUUACCAAAGUAUUAAUUUCUCAGUGUACAAAAUUUCGAUUGAUCUUACCGACGAAGGUCAAAACAAUCGCAUCAAUAGAUUUUAGAUUUCUAGAAAAAGGUUCGCCAUCAGGUUACACUUCGGGAUUAUCAGCCUAUAUGCAAUACCCGUAUCCACGUGAAUUGAUAUUAAGUACUCCACAUUUAAUUCGAAAAUAUGAUGCGAAACUUAUUACCGAAGGAUUAAACUUUUUAAAUUGGAAUACAUGCAUUCUCACUUUAUCAAGUAAAUUGUUAAGUGGAUUUAAUAAAAAAGAAAAGUGGUUUGAUACCGAAUAUAAAUUUGAACCCAUAAAUCCAAAAUUUUUGCAGGAAUUACAAGAUUUAACUUUAAACCCUGAAUUAAAAAUUACCGGACCAAAUGAAUUCAUUCCAUCAAAUUUUGAAGUAAAGAAAAUUGAAAAUGUUAAGCCACUCGAGCGUCCAUUCCUUAUUAAAGACACGAAAUUAUCUCGUCUUUGGUAUAAAAAAGAUGAUAGAUUUUGGGUACCCAAAGUUGAAGCACACUUUUUAUUAAACACUCCAUUGGCUAAUGUUACACCAUUACACUCAGUCAUGACCGGAUUAUAUAUUGACUUAGUGAUUGAUGCAUUUAGUGAUUUUGCAUAUGACGCAGGAAUGGCUGGAUUAACUUAUUAUCUUUAUGAUCAAGGUAAUGGUAUCGGUGUAUCAGUAACAGGUUAUAACGACAAAGCUAUACUUUUUUUAGAUAAAAUUAUUCAAAAAAUGAAAAAUUUUAUUAUUGGUCCGGAAAGAUUUUUGAAGAUUAAAGAAGAAUUAAAAAGAACUUUACAAAAUCGAUUAUUGGAUUCGCCUUAUGAAUUAGCAAUGUGUAACACAAGUUACAUAAUUAAUCAAAAGAUAUGGAGUUUUCAAGAAAGACUUGAUGUAUUGGAUGAAAUCAAUUAUCAAGAUGUUCAAGAAUUUUAUCCUAAAUUAUUUAAACAAAUGUUUUUUGAAGGAUUGGUUCAUGGUAACAUUGAUAAAUUAGAAGCUAUCAAUAUGAUAGAAAUAAUUGAAAAUAUUUUAGAAUCAAAAGAAUUAAGUUCUUCACAAUUAAUUGAUAAUAGAAGCUUAUUAUUAAAAGAAGGAAAAUAUGCUUAUUUUAAAGAAGUUAAGGAUGAGAAAGAGAUUAAUUCCGCUAUUGAUUAUUAUAUACAAAUUGGAGAUAUAAUGGAUAAAAAUCUUAGAGCAAAGUUAUCUUUAAUUGGACAAAUUGCUGAUGAACCUUGUUAUAAUCAAUUAAGAACACAAGAGCAAUUAGAUAGAGUAACAGGAUCAAUGGGAUUUAGAAUAAUUAUUCAAAGUGAGAAAGAUACAAUUUAUCUAGAGAAUAGGAUUGAAGAAUUUUUUAAUAAAUUACAG